AUGCUGAGGUUCAACGGUAAAGAAGAAUCGCAGAACGGCUUUGAAGAUGUCGAGCGUGAGAACGGUGAUAAAUCCAAAUACCGCACAUAUUCGCCUCAACCGCCAACACCCGUUUCCCGCCCGAAAUCGCCACCAAUGCCAACCCAGACGCGCAACUCGCGCCAUUCCUUUAUGUCGCAAGACAAUCUCACAUCUUCCAAAGGAAGUUUUUACAUACAACCAUCUAAACAAGGAGUACAUCCUGCUGAUGCCGCCGCGGUGCUGGCUUCAUUAGCGCCCAAUAAUUCUAAAGACAUUUACUUACCUUCCGAAAUGUUUCCUUCCCCUCCAUCAAAAUUCUCCGUAGACGAUUCUAAAAAACAUUUGAAGCAUAGCGUAAACUUUAAUAAUAGUCGUCGCUCCUCAUCACCUCGCCAAAAGCAGCAACCAUAUCUUGACAUAGCCGAGGCACUGGCCACGUCCACUUCUCUAAUUCGUGAAAACAAUAAGAGAAUCCAAGCUAAUAUGGAAGCACACUAUAGUGAUAAUGAAACAGACACUUAUAGUGAUGACGGUGCCGAUGGCGCCGACGGUCCUGACAUAGAGUUUGAGGAACAGAUUGUAGGUCUCAGCGCCGAACUACAGAAAAUGCAGCAUAGAUACAAUGAGCAGCUCAUGGGAAAAGACCAGCUGAUCCACGGGCUUGAGAGCGAAGUAAAGAAGCACGAACAUGAAGCGAAGAGAAAAAAUCUAGAAAUCGAUCGAUUAAACCAGCAAUUGGAAGCCCAACGAAAAGCAAUAGCCGAAUUGGCCGACCAACGACACCGCGAGGCUGAAUUAUCAGCUCGUGCAAAUAGCUCCGACCCAAAAGCUCUCGAGACUGCCCGGCGUCUUGAACAAGAAAUGCGUGAGAAAGACCGUGCGAUCGAAGAACUCAACCGGCGAAUAACCAUUGCUACCCGAAAAGCUGCUGAUGCUGUUGAAAAAGAGACAAAACUAAUAGCUCUCGAAGCACAGCUUGCCAAGUACUAUGUUCUCGAAAACGAAUGGAAAGUCAAGGAAAAAACUCUCGAAAAUCUCUCGACACAGGUGGAAUCUAUCAAAAAGCAAGAGUGCGAAAUAAGCGAGAAAAACGCUCUUAUCCGAACACUAGAAACCCGUCUAGAGUCCACAUCAAAAGUUAUUGCCGAGCUCAGAGAAAAGCAUGCGCCACAUGACUUGCUACGACAACUUCGACAGAAAGAUUACAUCAUCGACAAUCUCACUCAGCAAGUAGAAGACAUCGACGCUAAUCUCAAGGUCAAAGACGAUGAGAUAGAUCGCCUCACGCAGCGAAUAGCCGAAGAGAGCAAGCUCUUGGAGAAGCUAAAAGAUCAAAACAAGCAAAUCGACCCCUUUCGGGUUCGUGCCGAAGACGCUGAAAUGAGAGUCGGCCAACUAAAGAAACAGCUCGCCGAGAAAGAACGGCUUCUUGCCGAAAAGGAAAUGCGAUACAACGAAGCUUUAAAAUCGUCGAGAGAAAGUUCCGAAAAGAUUCACAGUCAAGAACUCAACCUUUCUAACCUUCGUCAAGAAGUUGAAGUGCUUAGGCAAGCAGUGAGCACUCAAUCUCAAGAAGCGCGCGAUAAAGAAACUCUUCUUGCCAACUUGCGCAAUGAGACUGCGCACAUGCGAUCCAAUUACCAAGGUCUUCUCGACGCUCUCGCAGAGAAAGAUCUCAAGAUUCAGCAGUUGGAUCAGCAAGUAGAAAGCCUCCACUCAGUCGCUAACAAUGCGUCCUGCGAAAAAGACAGCAAGAUUAUCAAGAGCGAAGUCCGCCUCAAUGCUCUUCAGAAAGUUCUCAACAGUAAAAUCGAGGCUUGCAGAGACUACGAAAGGAAGAUUGCCGAAUUGGAAGAAGAAUUCGACUGCCUCAAGAAACAAAUGGAAGACUCAAAAACAGCGGGCACCGAAAAAGAGGCCAGAAUCAACCGUCUUCUCAAGGUAAACCGUGAGCUCAAGACCGAAGUUACGCAACUCAAACAGAAAAUGGAAGAAAAGGAAAAAGAGCUUGUAGCUAUGAGAUCUCGUAUCCCUGGCCCAUCUCCUGGUUCGAUUCCUAAUGCUUCCGAACGCAAACCAAGAUCUCGCUCUACUUCUCGCGUUAGAUCGUCCUACAGUGGUGAAAGUAGCAGCGACGAGGCCAAUGGCAAUCGUAUUCGCAAGCACUCUAGCAUGAGCGGUCUUGGCCGUACCUCGAUCCAGCGAUCCAGCUCCUUUACAGCGUUAUCGAACGCCACUCCUAGACGCGUUUCUGACAGUCCUAGACUCUCGCUGAACCGCACCAAAUCGACUACGUCAUCUUCGACUGACCAACGACGGGCAUCUGUCGUUCCAGUAAAGAGGGAAGCGAAAAGGGACGUUAAAGCACGUCCCAUGUCGACAUCUUCCGUCGAUAUGCUCAAGAAAUCAGUUACCAGCACCAAAUCACAAUCGAGACCAAUCGACCGUUCGGCUGUCGCUCAACGAAAGCGCGACGGCAAAGUCUUGACUCAAAUAUGCAGCGGUGUAACUCCCAAGAAAAACACCAGGUUGUCUUCGGUACCCGAGCACCGUGCAGUGGAUAAUAAAAAGCUAACCAGUUCCAGUGCAGACCGCAAGAAACUUAGCGAUCUUAACAUCGAUGCUGCCGCCAGCAGAUCAUCGACGGUCGCGAGGACAUCUCCACCAUCUCCAACAAAAUCAAGGAAUUCUUUGACCCGCCCAUUGCCAUCCAAGAAAGUGUCCGAAAAUUAG